UCUUUUGUUUUCGUCACUCGUUCGCAUUUACAAUCAUAUGUGCAUUUGCACGCCAUUUAAUUUUUACCGUUUGUUUUGGGAGUGCUGAAAUUGGAAAAUUUCUCAAAUUAGACCUCAGUAAAGUUCGAUUUAGUGCAGAAAAAAUGUUUACGAUUCGAAAUGAAUCGAAAAAGAUCAAUGCUCGGGAAAGAAUGGGCCCGCCGAUUGUAAAUACAAGUGCUUGCGAAAAAAUUCAUAUCUCAAGUCAGCCGGCAAAAUUGUUUGAUCGGAAAUUCGUGGCUACUGCAUUACGGAAUACACAUUGCUGUCCCAAAUGUCGCAGCGAAUAUUCAACCAACUAUGAUCUCCGUAUGGGCGAUUUGCACGUCAAAAGCAAUCGCCCAUUUCUACUCUCCUGUGGACAUAAUAUGUGCGAAAAUUGCAUUUAUCAAAAUCAUCAGAAUCUUGUUUGUAGCAUUUGUCAGCAUCCAAUUAUCAUCGACAAACGCAAUCCACCAUCAAUAUCACUGAGUUGUAUUGGAUUGCAGCAAAAUCAACGCCACCAUGUCCAGCAGCGACAUGAAAAUUUCAAUGUACGCGAUUUCUUUUACAUGAAUUUCUUUUUAAUUGGCGAAUUGAAUCAUUUGCGAUUCUAUCGUCGCGAGAGUUCGGCAAAUAAUUCGCUAAUGAUAUCUGGCCAAAGUCCGCCGUCACCUUCCAACAGUGCCAAUCGUACAUUAGCUUCUGGCGCGCAGGCAUUGCUACAAGCGGUUAUCUUACGAUGCUCGGAGUGUGAAUUAGAGCCGGCAGUGGGCUUUUGUCGUCAAUGUACCGUGCACUAUUGUCGCAUCUGCUAUGAUUCUAUUCAUAUGUACGGAAAGGCACUGAAACGACAUGCAUUCGUACCGCUGGACGAUGGAAGAAAUCCGAGUAAAAAUUCAAAAAUACCGCGGGCCACAACUUGUCAUAAACACCACAAGCGAGUCAAGGAUCGUUUUUGUCGCACAUGUCAAUCAGUUUGUUGUGGGUUAUGUGCAAAAACAGAACAUAAUGGACAUCGCUGGAUUCUAUUGGCAACUGAGAAUGAAGGAAUGAGAGAUGAAAUUGAAAACAUUUUGGCAUCGGUGAAAAUGUCGCGGGAGAAUUUACGCAAAGCACAGAAGGACGUCAAAGCCGUCGAAACGCAGCUAGAAGAAUACGCAACACAGUGUCUCAAAGAUAUAUCAGAUCAUUUCCUACAACUACACAGUUUUUUACAAAAUGAGGAACAUCGUAUUUUAGAAGAAUUCCAUAGUCAAUGUUUAAAACCGCAACAGACAAUACGCGAUUCAUUUUCAAAACUAGGCGAAUCUCAAAGCAUUUUAAAUAAAAUGCGCUCCGAAUUAGAGCUAUAUCAGCACAAAGUACCCACGGAUAUACAUCUACGUAAUAUUUUCGAAAUUUACAAUGUCCAAUUGGAACAGAUAGAAUGUCGAGCACAAAUAUCGAAAGUUACAAAAAAUCCUUUUAUCUUUGAGGUGAAAUACGAUUUUCGCAAAGAUUUUUCCAAGUCUUUCAUUUACGAUUACAACGAUCCACAGCUUAAAAUACGGCUAGCUUCCGUAUAUAGUGACUUGAAUCAAACUUUCCGCGAUAUAAAAUCAGAUUCAAGCGAUGAAAUGGAUGUAGACUGUUACAUUGAAAAGCACAAGCGCAAAAAUAAUGAACGAAAUAAAAAGAAAAGGCUGGCACUACGACGCAACGACAAUGAAGAUGAAGUAUCCAAUACAUCGGACACUGAAGCAAAACUGCCAUUAUUGCGCGACAAGGAAUUGGUGCGAAUUAGCCAUGUAAAAUCGCCCGAACAUUUCUUUGUACAAACUAAGAAUGCGAUAAGCGUAAUACGUGAACUCUCUAAUAAGUACGUGAAUUUCAUGCAAACCGAUGUUAUACCUAAGCUAAUCGCUGAGGGUCAAUGUUAUAUGAUAUACCAUGCCGAUGAUAAGCAAUGGUAUCGUGCUAUGGUGAAGAAGGCACUAUCGCAAGAUCUAUAUAGAGUGUUCUUAGUCGAUAUAGGUUUCCAUGUAGAGAUGCCGAAAGAAAGAUUCUGUGAAAUCGAUACAAAAUCUCUUAGCAUUCCCUUUGGCGCUAUCCGUUGCGCCAUUCAUGAUAUAAUGCCUGCCGGAAAGACAUGGAAUGAGGAGGCUAAUAAUUUACUAAUCGAAAUCACACGUAAUCAUUUCGUACGCAUCAGUAUUAUCGAGCGCAUCAAGGAGAAUGUGCUCUCAGUGGAUCUAAUUACAACUUCAUCUGAAGAAGCCAUUUCGGUGCGAGAUUCUUUUUUAUACACGGGCCUGGCGCGGGAGAUGUCAGGUACAGCGGACAUGCCGUCACCACUUAAGAAAAUAUCUCCCGUGGCGCGUACAAAUCAAAGAUUGCCAAAAUAUAAUUUUCAUAAUGGGGAUAUUUUGUCCGUAAAAGUGACGCAUAUCGAAAGUCCACAUUUGUUCUACGUUAUAAAGACGGAUGCCAUUGAAGCAGCAACGAUUCUAAAUUCCGAUUUGAAUUAUAAAUACCUUCACUUAAAAAUGCCUUUACAACCUCUUUUUGUCGCUCCAUUACAAAUGGGUUGCGCUGUGCGCAUCGAUGGCGUUUGGCACCGCGCACGCAUUGAGGAAAUACGCGGUGGUGGUAAAAUUUGCGUACACCUCGUAGACGAAGGCACACAGCAAGAUGUCGAUUGGCGCCAAAUUCAUCCGCUUAUCAGCAAAUUUCGCUCUGAAAAGGAAUUUGCCAUUAAGUGUACCUUGGCCGAUGUCGAACCGCUGCAAGUGAAUAACUAUGCUUGGACCUCAGAAGCUAUACGUGAAUUCAACCAAUUGGCUGCUAAUCCCAUUUUACAGAUGAUCGUACUAUCAACAGAUAAAGCUACAGCACGUGUUUCACUGCAUGUGUGCAAAAAACAUAUGGAUAUAAAUGUAGGUGCGAUAUUGGUUAAAUAUGGGCAUUGCAUAUCGACGGGCGAUAGUUCUCAAUUGGUUGAAAUUUCCAAGACAUCAAAGAAACGCCUGAGUUUGCCUAUGAAUCCAUUAUUGGAUACAAUGCAUUUGAAUGCCAACUUGAAGGGUAAAGAUGUGUCUUUGCAAGAUAACAAUCCGAUUGCGGGUGCAGCGGGCGGCAAUAGCAACCCAGUGAAGGUGCUGAAACGCACACCAAUUAAGAUUAUGCACAUCGUGGAUCCUGGCGAGUUUUAUAUACAAGUGACCAGUCUCUUAACGGGCAUUAAAAAAUUCCACAAUCAAUUGCAACAGGCACAAAACGAAGAACAAUCUAAUGCAUCAAGCUUCUCCCUUUGCUCACAAGGUACAAGAAAUUGGUUUGUCGGUAAUCAUUGUUUGGUGCAUACGCAAUAUAAAACUAAUACAAUCAAGCAAUCAAAAUCUUCGACCGCUCAGCCCGAAUGGUACCGUGCUAUUAUAGUAGCGAUAACAUCCGAAAUUGAAUGUGAUAUAUAUACUGUAUUCUUACGGGAUAUUGGUGCUACUAUAUCCGGUAUUACCAGUGACCAGCUCAGAGUUAUAGACCAUCAAUGGGAUCAAGUUACAAAUUCGGCGCAUCGCUGUCACUUGGCAUGUGUCGAGCCAACGGGUGGUACGCCGACUUGGUCCCAUUCGGCCAUCGACUGUUUCAAGCAUACUGUCACCUCAUUCGAAACACUUUCGGCUACAAUGCAAGGAAAACGCACGCCUGGCUCGAAUUCAUUGCCCAUUGUACUUUGGGGUACAAUCACCGAAACUGAAGAUCCCUUAGCGCCAUGUAUCUCGAAACAUUCGAUAAUCAAUCGCAUUUUAGUUAAAGCAGGUCUCGCGCAUUCAGUGCAACGAUUGGAUGUUACAGAACAACUUGACAAAUUACUGCAAAUGGAGUUGGUUGAGGGUGAAAUUACCUUAGAGGAGUGGAAUAAGAAUUUUGCAACCAAUGCCGCAUUGAAAGAAAUCGAUCGCCGUGCACAGCAGCCAGCAACUGACCUUGUUAUAGCCGAUACUGAUAAUUCUGUCAAGGAUGCAUAUCGUGAUUGUAAACACUUCCCUGAUCUGGAUUUCACCUUAAAUGACGAAAUAAAUAGCAAGACCUGCGGUGAAGUCAAAAUUUUUACAUCGAAAGCACCUGAAGCUUGGCUUCAAUCUAAACCAAUUGACAAGUCCAUAUUUGCUGCCAUGCCGACCUAUGUUGACUAUGAGGCCAUCAUUUAUUUGCACGAUGCUAACGAUGAAGAUCUACUGAACGAAAUGCGAGCAAAAAUCAUGAAAAUCUACGGCGAAUAUCAGUUGCCAAAGGAUUUCGUUGCUAUGUACACACCCGGACAGGGAUGUUUGGUGCGGUAUCAUGUGGAUACACGCUUAUAUCGUGGCAUUAUACAAGAAGUAAAGACGGAUGGUUACGUUGUACAAUUUAUUGACUACGGCAAUGUGGAGUCAGUUAAAUACCAAGACUUACGUCCGUUUGCGCCAUUCCCUAAGUUGCCCCGCUUAGCCCAUAAAUAUCGUAUUGAAGGUAUUUGUGCCAAGUCUAACGAUGGAGCUUACACCACGGAUGUUCUUGAUUUUAUACAUGUCACCAUUGUUGAAAAACUUGUUUCGAUACGCGUGGAACCCGGAGAACUACUAAAACCAAUCAAGUCAUGUAAUAUGCGUCUGGGCAACAUGGAUGUUGCAGAAUAUCUUGUUAAUUCUGGACAUGUACAACGAGUAACAUCAGCCACCCGUUCAGCAUAUAAAAAUAAAGAGUCCAAUAUGGGUAAACAACAGGAAAGCCAAUUACAGCAGCUGGCUAAUAUUGGCAUGGCUACUAACAACGACGAAGAUGAUGCCGUUGACAAAGUUAUGCACAACGUAAAGGCUGACAAAAUGUUCCAAUUCAAACAUUUCAAAUCUGAACCCCCCGAUCAUGAUGACGACAUCAAAGAGGAAAUAAACGCUUUCGAUGAGGAUGAUGGUGACAAUGAUGAUACGGUCAAUGAUUGCCUCGAUCAGCUCUUAUACAAUUUGGACCACGAUAAUAUUCACUCAGAUAGUGAUGCUAGCGCUAAUGACGAAUUAAAUAAUGCCCUUUCACCGAUGCAGGCAGCGCAGGCCGCACAAUUGGCAAUGAAACAGCAACAAUACCCACAUCAACAAACAUUUGUACCGCCUUGUAAGAAACGCAUGUUCGACUCCAACGAAUACAAGCAAUUGCAUAAACAAAUGCUACAUGAAAAUUUGUAUGGCAGUGAGAAUUUCAUACAAAACGAAUUAGCAGCAAUGCAAAGUGACAAUGAUGUUGGAGAUGUUGGGGCUGGCGCUACGGGUUGGGGCCUUGGCGAUGAUGAUGAUGAUGCAGCCAUUGUCGAAUUGGAACAAAGUUUCGCUCUGAACUAUUGGCAUAAUACAGACGAUGAAGUUGAACGUGAAAAGGCUAAAGAGAAAAUAAGAGAAAAGGAAAUGGCAAAGGAGCAGCAGCGAACACGGGAUAAGGUUAAAGGAAGAGAAAUGGAAAUACUUGACAGCGCCAGCUUUGCUCUACGUCCACGGCAGAAUUUGGAUACUUCCGCUUUCGACAAAUUCUAUCCGAAUGAAACUUCAUCGGUAUUCUCGCACUUUAGUGGCAUAGAAAGUUUCAAAAAUCCCCAACUGCCGGUCGGUAAACGCACCUUCGAAUGUAGUGUCGCCUGCAUCGUUACACCAACAAUUGUACAAAUCCUGCCACAUCUCACCGAAUUUGAAUAUCGUGAAUUGGAACUGGAACGACGUAUCAAACAUCUGGUGAAGUCAGCACCUUACCUCACCGAUUUUGAACCACGUACAAUUUGCCUCGCCGUUUACCACAAGGAUAGAAAGUGGUAUCGCGCACUCAUACGCUCGCAUAAUCCAGUCGCAAAGCAAGUGGAUGUACUCUAUGUCGACUACUUAAAUACAGCAUCGGUGCUGACCACAAAUCUGAGGCAAUGCCCGCUCGAAUUGAUAAGCUGGCCGCUGCGUACCAUACGUGCACGUCUACAUGGAUUGGUGCCAAAUCCGCGUUUACGUGAAAAGGACAUACGUCAGGCAUUGCAAGAUGUGUUGCUUAAGCGCACACUGAUCGCUCGCAUCGUAAAAGAUCCCAAAUGUUUGGAAAGUAGUGCUGUAUUCAAUAUGAGUGAUUUAAUGGGCCCAGAAGAUAUCGAUGUGGCUGGUGCAGCAACUGGUUGCGCCGGCGCGCAUCAGCAAGAUUCCCACGAUAUUAUGGAAGUACAUUUAUACGGUGGUGAUAAUAAAAGUCCAAAAAACGCUCGCGUUUAUGAAAUGCUCAUUCAGGAAAGUUUUUACUCUUAUAAAAGCACGUAGAUCUGAGCUUUCGUCAAACUGACCGUGUUUUCAUAACUCACGCAAAUAUUAUAACCCAUUCGACAUUUUGAAGUGAACUACAUAGAACUUGAUUAUUUCAUUCAUUCAUUCAUUCAUAUGUAUACACUCAUAUAAGCAUAGUUUGAAUUACACUAUUAUUUUUAUUGGUUUUGUUGCGACUACCGCCUGGAGGUAAAUUGCGGAAAAUUAUUCAACAUUCCCUUAUAAUUCUUUAUUUUUUAUUUUUACUGGAAUUGAGAUGUAUUGCUUAGGUUUUUUUUACAUACAAAUUAUUAAAUAAAGCUUUGAAUAUUUGACAUUGUUUAAAA